GACCUCAGUGCCCACCCACAGCCUCCCCACUGCGCCUGUGCUGAGGCACCUUCUCAGCUCUGUGGUUGAGAGGGGACCACAGGCGGACUCAUGCGGGUGGAUAGCACAGAGCUGAGCCGUGCUGGAGGCAGCUUCUGCAGCACUGCCAUCAGGGUUGGGGCUGCUGACACCGCAACAGGCACAUCCUGCCUCCAUCGCCCCCAUUUGGGGGGGCUGGAGUGAAGUGGCUGCUGGAGUGAAGCUUUCCUGCUGCAUCGAGCAUAAAUUCAUCAGCUUUAGGGGACGGACAUGUUCUUCCAUCUCCACUAAUCUCCCUCUGAUAUCGAGGAUUUUCCUGCCAUUAAAUGAUAGCUUGUGAGAAAAAAAAAUGCCAACUUCCCAGAGGCAGAAUGCAGCUAAUGGCAUCCCUGUGAGCAGGAGGGAGAGCACAGCCACUGCCCAGCCAGCCAGGAGCACACUGUCAGCACAGCUGGAGAGAAGGAAAGCCUGCAGGGUUGGCUGAGAAGGUGGAUGGUGGAAGGAAGGCACCAGGCAGGAACGUGUGGAGUGCUGGGGACCGUCAGAAGCCGUGUGCUACAGUAUCCUCUUCCUCAAUCUUCUUUGUAAAUAUAGACCUGGCAAUGGGAAAAUGAUGCAGGCAAACAAGAGGGUGAAACCUAUCUCUGCUCUUCCUGUGUGCUUUUAGAUCCCCCAAGUUUGCUUGCCAGACCUGAAAUGCCACUAGCGAAUAAUCAAGGUAAUGUUUGUCAUCAUUUUAAAUGGUGAGUAGCACUCUUAUUCUGCAUUACCCAGUAGUGGGUUGAAUGGAUUGUUCUGUAGGUUAGAUAUGGAAUUAUUGCAAGCACUGCCUCUUCACCCUUUUAAAAUCUCUGGCAAACACUUCUUUGGUCUCUCAUUCUUUCAAAUUAUGGUGUUAUUUAAAAGACCGAAAGAGAUCAUCCCUGGGUGGAAUUUUUCUAUUCCUUAAUCUCACUAAUAUUUGUUACCUUAAUGCUGAAUUCCAUCCUUUUUUUUUUUUAAAAAAAAAACAAAAAACAAAAAGCAAAAACACAUCUGCACACUGUGUCAGUGAGUUGAAGGCAUCAUCAGCUGCUGCUCUGACAAGUGUCAAAAGCAAAUAGCAUCCAUUGUGGGGAGGUGGAAGGACUAAGGAUGGCAAGGUGGGAUGUUUCAUGCUGUGUUGGUCAGAGGAGAUCUGACUGUCAGGUGAGACUGCUUUCCUGUGCUUGCAGGAGGGGGAUUUGGGAACACGUCCUUUGCAUGAGAAAAAGGGAGAAUGCAACAAAGAUGCUGUGGGGCUCCUCUGAACUCCUGCUGCCUGGGGGAUGUUUUCCAGUUUGCUGCUCCUCAUACAUUUCCUUUCCGUGUACUGCACAGAGCAAGUUACACUUGUAGAUCUUAGAUGAGUGCUGUGAAAUGCCACUAGCAGAAGACACAGAUUUGGCUCUAAAAAAAUUGUGCCUAAGGAGAAACGCUGGAAAAUGGCUUGGGUGAAGACAUGUCCUUUAUCAAGAGAUUAGAGAGCAGGCAGGGAGGGGAAGGAGAGGAUUUUGCUCAUUUCUACUGAGCACACAGUGCACACAGCUGCUGGGGGAGGUUUGCUCCAAAGGCUGUAGAUGGGAGCAAGGUUGGAGUAGAUGUAGCUGAAUGCUGAGCUUGCUUGGGACAGCCUCACAUAUGGGGCAACCUAUGCACAUAUGUCCCCCUGGAUGUCAUCCUGAGCCCAUGUGAGGCUCUUGUUCCAGCAACAGUACUUCUAUCAGUUUCCAGACAGCCACCUGCAGCCAAACAUUUGAGAACAGGCAAAUCCUUAAUCUGUCUGAACCUCAGUUUAUGUAACAGCAUCAAAAAAACAACAUAUGCCCCUGUUUGCACACAGUGAUGAGGAAUGGUGAAGAGGGAAGCAAAAGACACAGCCCCUGUGUAAAGACAGAGCCAACCGAGGCCAGUUCCUUGUCCUCCCUCUUGUCCUAGGAUCCUCAUUCAUUGCCUACCCAGUACCCUGCUAAAGAGUCAGUAGAAGGGUUUAGGAAAAAAGGAAAAUAUGAAGAAAUGUCAGAUUGCAUAAAAUUCUUCCCACCUCUCCAGGUCCUUCCCUGUUUCUUCUUGAGUGUCCCUGUUUUGCUAAUUCUCCAGUCAACAUAGCAUGGCCAACCUUGGUGGGACCUGACCCAACAGAAGCCAGAGCUAAAGUCCUUCUGGGAUGUGCCCUCCAUUUACCUCAAUCUGCCUUCCAGCCCAGUGACCAAGGGACAGUUUGGGCUGACGUGGGGAGGCUGAUGGGUUGGUGUCAAUGGGCACCCGUUCCUAGUUGAAGAAACUUCAGGCACUGCAAGCUACCAGAUACAUACUAUGUGUGUUACAUUAAAAAAGGAUGAAGGGCAGAGCAAUUGUUGCUCACACUGCCAUUUGGUCUGUGCAGUAAAGCCUUGGGUACUGUGAAAAUAACAGAUGGAUGCUUGCUGAAGGUGAUCCUUCCUUGCACAUCAUCUCACAAGCCUCUCUUAAUAAGGAACACAGCUCAAAAAGGAACAAAGCUUAGUGAAGAAUACAGUAGUGGGCCAUCACUGUACUACAUGGCAGCAGGGAGAGGUGGUUCAGCUGCUGGGAGUUUCCCUCAGAGUCUCCCUCAGAGACAGAGCAUGGGGAGAAGCCCCUUUCUUGCCCUUUGGCCCCUGCAGCACUCAUGUGGUCCCUACAAUGCUGUUAAUAAAGGUGGUUGAUGGAAAAGAUUGUAUAAUUUCCUGUGGAAAAAUGUAUGAAAAGAUUUUGCUUUCGUGACAGACAGUGGACAGCAGCAGAAAAACCAUUUGAGUGAGAAGCAGUUAAGGUGUGUCUUUGAAAGAGAUUACAAAAUGAGAUCUGUAGUAUUCAGUUCUUGCUCUCUAACGAGUUCAUUGCUUAGUCAUUUUGCUGCUAGGAGUUUCUUUCCACAAAAUGUUUCAGUGUGUGCUGGCUGAUGUCUCUUGUUCCCUUCAUUCUUCUCUGAUUUGUCCCCAAUAGCUUUCACCUUCUUGGACAUCCACCUGCUUGGGAUUAACUUGACAAGAAACCACACAUCACUCAGGUGGCAGACUGAUAAAAUGACUGAAGUGCUUCCUCCCACCAAACCCAUGACACUAUGGUGACUGUAUUGAGAAUUCACAAAACUCUAAUGUCACAUUGAAUGACAUGGUCUAGAGCUGUCACAGGCAUGGGCUGAUGGUUAGACUAGAUGAUCUUAGUGAUCUUUCCAACAUUAAUGAUUCUAUGAAUCUGAUCCCAUGAAUGGUACAGAGUAUCUCAUUUGUGGGGAGAGCACUAAGAAAGCAUCUGAACAGUAUUCCUGAAUCUGUCCUUCCUCGUGUCUGUCUCAUGGAACACAGCAACACCCUUAGCAGGUGAUAGCUUCCCUUGCAGUGCUGCAGCAGCUGCAGCUCUGGUGGAGAAAUGUGAGAUUGAAUAAAAAUGAAAGAUGCAAAAAGCAUGAACACUGACAUGCUACAGGCUGCCAACUGAUCUCCCCUGCCUACUUCUGGAAUAGAAUCAUAGAAUCACAAAUGUUGGAAAAGACCUCCAAAAUCAUCCAAUCCAACCAUUCAUUCCCCCAUCACCAAUAUUCCACACUAAACCAUGUCCCUCACUACAACAUCUAAAUGUUUCUUGAACACUUCCAUGGCUGGUGAAUCCAUCACCACUCUGGGCAGCCUGUUCCAGCACCUGACCACUCUUUUGGAAAAGUAGUACUUCCUAAUGUCCAACCUGAAUCUCCCCUGGUGCAUCCUCAUCCUAUUCCCUCUCAUCCUAUCUCUAGUUACAUGGGAGAAGAUGUCGACCUUCAUCUCAACACAACCUCCUUUCAGGUGGUUGUAGAUAAGGUCUCUGUUGAGCCUCCUCUUCUCUAAUGGAAGAUGGAACAACCCCAGUUCCCUCAGCCACUUCCCAUAAGACUUGUGCUUCAGACCCCUCACAGCUUCACUGCCAGAGCUUCAACAUCUUUCUUGCAGUGAGGGGCCGAAAGCUGAACACAGUAUUCAAAGUGUGGCCUCAUCAGAGCACAGAAAGAUGAUCACUUCCCUGCACCUGCUGGCAACACUAUUUCUGAUAUAAGCCAGGCUACCACUGGACUUCUUAGCCACCUGGGCACACUGCUGGCUCAGCUGAACAUUAAACAAUACCCCCAGCUCUGUUUCCUCUAUACAGUCUUCCAUCCUCUCUGCCUCAGAGCUGUAGAGUUGCCUGAGGUUGUUGUGGCCAAAGUGCAGGACCCAGCACUUGGCCUUGUUGAAAUUCAUCCCAUUGGCCUCAGUUCAGUGAUCCAGCCUGUCCAUAUCAACAGCAUACACUGACUGUCCUCCUCUGCUCUCCAUCCAGAAAUACUGCAGCCCCACAGUUGCUGUCCUUCAAAACAUCUCUGCAGGUUCCUGUAGCCAAGCUUUGUCCCUACCAGUUUGCAAUCAUGGGAAUGCUGAGAAAUCAGUGGUGUUGGAGGGAACUCUCUGGGUCCAUCUGGCCCAACCCUCACUCCAGCAAUAACAUCCAGAUCACAGUGGCCAGGACGACAUCCAUGUGGCUUCUGAGGAUCUUCAUGGAGGAGGCUCCACAGUCUCUCUGGGCAACCUGCUCCAAUCAGGCUGGAUGAUUUCUCCUCUCAGGGAGAGAAAUUCCACAGAAAGGAUGCAGUAAGAAACUAACACUUUCCCAGAGAGUCUAUAAGCAACAGCAGACUUCUAGGAAUUGUUCACAAGGGCUUCUUAGCACAGGCAUACAAAUACUGUGUGACAAUUAGCCUGCCUAGAAGAGAGCAGAAGCAGCAUAAUAUUUCUUCUUGUGUCAUAACUAAUAUGUUUGCUAAUGUCUCUUGUUUUUCUCUUCUCACACCUUCAUGGGGUUGGCACAUUCCUUGCUGUCAGUGAUCCUUUGGGUGCCCCAUGUCCACGCGGUGUGGGCCUGUGUGCGGUCCUGCCCUGCCAACUGUGUGUGCACCCAGGAACGGAGCUGCUCUGUCCUCUGUGACCGUGCUGGCCUGGGGCAGAUCCCCAGUGAAUUCCCCUGCGAAGCCUCCUCUAUUAACCUGGACAAAAACAGCAUCAAGUUCCUCUCUGAGAGGGCCUUUGGUACUUUGCCUUCCCUUAAAUCCCUGUCCCUCAACCACAACAAUAUCUCCUUCAUCACUCCGGGGGCUUUCAAAGGGCUGCCCAGCCUGACAGAGCUGAAGAUGGCCCACAACGAAUACAUCCGCUACCUGCACACACGGACAUUCACUGCUCUCCGGCGGCUGGUCAAAUUGGACCUGGCGGACUGCAACCUCUUCAAUAUCCCAGACAGGAUCUUCAUUGAGCUGCACUCUUUGCAGGAGCUUUUCUGCUUCCAGAACAACUUCCGAAGGAUCCCAGGUGCCAUUAGGGGCAUGGAGAAUCUGACCCAUGUCUACCUGGAGAGAAACAGGAUCGAAGCGGUAGCCUACAACUCCCUGCAGGGGCUGACCAAGCUAAAAUACUUGAAUCUGCAAGACAACAGGAUAAAUGUUGUUCAUGAACGAGCUUUUCAGGGCUGCCAAAAGAUGGAGUACCUGUACCUGAAUGACAAUUUGAUCAGCGAGCUUCCAGAAAAUUCCUUUGAUGGCCUGAGGUGCCUGAAAAUGCUCAACCUAGGGGGGAAUUUCCUCAGGAAUGUUUCUAACACUUGGUUCAGGGACCUGGUGGAGCUGGAGGUUCUCUAUCUGGACCGCAACAGGAUCAACUACAUUGAGGAGGGGGCUUUUGAGAACCUCACCAGUCUGGUCUCCUUGCACUUGAACAGCAACAACCUGACGACCCUGCCCUUCUCUGUCUUCCAGCCUGUGUACUUCCUGGGACGGCUGUAUCUCUUCCGCAACCCCUGGGAGUGUGACUGCCGCAUCGAAUGGCUGAAGGAGUGGAUGGAGAACUACAGACUUGUCAGGGACAUUCCCUGUGCCUCCCCGUCCUCUGUAGCUGGGAUUGACCUAAUGGACGUGCUCUACGACAGAUCACCAGAAGGUUACUGUCUUGACCCCGUGGAGCUAAAUGUCACAUCUGACAGUCCAACCCCUAGCAGCGAGCCUUUCUCUACCACAGAGAGCAAGUUCAACAGCCUUAUUUCUAAACUCUUGCUUCAGAUGGGCCUUCCCGAAGAGGUGGCAAACACUACUGAAGUCUUCAGUAACGCUACACAACUGGAUGGACUCACUGGUGGGGUUACUUCUGGCACAAGGGAAGACAGCAGCAAAGCCAUCUCCUUCUCUUUCCACCUCCCAACACUUCUUACAGUGGUUAUUUUCCAGAGCAAGUAGUGCAAAGGCUGCCUGAAGCAUGCGUCCUGCUGGAGCAUUUAGUCUUUGUCCCUUCCUUGCACUGCCCAGGGUUGCUACAAAACUUGGCAGGCCCUUUUAAACAGGAGGAUGGUACCUGGGGAGGGCCUGGGGUGAGCGUGGCUUUUUGGGUGUGAUGUUAGAUAAGGAUUUUGUUCUUCUUCUCCCUGCAAUCCUGAGACAUCUGCAGGAAAACCAGAGACACCCAUUUUUGUCAAAACAUUCUUCUCCAAGGAAAAGCUUUCAACACAUCAGUUCACUCCUCAAUGUCUGUUUCAAAUGCUCGAUUCAUUUUUCAAUGAAUAUAUUGUUUCAAGGAAUAUGCUGUUUUUAUUUAUAGGUCAUUUCAUGUCCUGAUAGCAGGAGUGGAAUAUGGCAAUGGCAAAUGUAGACAGGCUGUACUAUACUGUUUUGUAUUUCUAUCACUCAUUAAUAUUUAUCACACAAUACUUAUCAUACAUAACUUAUCAUAUUGUGGUAUACAUGUUCAUAUAAAAUGAUAGGACAUAUAUAAUCCUUUACUAGUACUAAAAUGUCACAAAAUCAGAAUAAAA